AAUAAUUUCAUAAAUAACCACAUUAGUUUAAAAAUGAGACUGAAUUUAUUAUUAAUAGGUAUUUGCUCUGUUUUUAUCAUCACUUCAUCAUGGUUAAUUAAUCAUGAUUCCCUUAGUAGCGUUGUAUUUUUGAAGGAAAAUCAGCAGCCCCUUCACAUUGUAUCUGACAAGUUUCUCUCAUUUGGUUUGGAUUCUUCUUUAUUAAGGAAUAUGAAGAAAUUGCCUAUUAAUGACCACAAGUUUAUAAAUCUUGUUCGUCACCUCAGUCCUGCUUAUGUAAGAAUCGGUGGUACAAACGCAGAUUGUCUAUAUUUUGAGCAAGUAUGUUUUUAUAAAUAUAUUAAUUAUAGUCAUAAUUUAGUGGAUGAUGCAGAUAUUAGUAAUUUUACAUUAACUAGUAAUGAUUUUCUCUCUAUUUAUAAAUUCACAGAGAAAACAGCGAUUAAAAUGAUUUUUGACUUGAAUGUUCUGUUAAGAGAACCCAAUGGUUCAUGGAAUAGCGAUAAUACAAAAGAAAUUAUAGUAUUUUCUAAAAGCCAUGAAAUGGAAAUUGACUGGCAAUUGGGAAACGAACCAAAUUCAUUUCUUCAUGUAUUUAAUAUUUCAAUUUCUGCACAACAAUUAGCUAAUGAUUAUUGUAAAUUGCGUACUGUACUUAAUGAACUAGGCUACCAAGACAGUAUUCUUGUUGGGCCAGAAGCAAAUCAUGUCGACAACGAAUACAAGAACGGUGUUAAGUAUGGAAUAGAUUUUUUAAAUAAUGUUAAUAAUUGUGUUGAUUAUUUUACAUGGCACCAAUACUACCUUAAUGGCCAUAUAGCUCAAUUAGAAGACUUCUUAAAUCCAAAGGUUUUCAAUCGUUUAUCUGAACAAAUUAGUACUAUGGGAAAUGCAAUUAGAUCGAAUGGCCAUAACGUGUCCAUGUGGCUUUCCGAAACAAGUUCUGCAUACGGUGGUGGUGCGCCAAAGUUAUCCGAUAGAUUUGUUGCUGGAUUUUUAUGGCUUGAUAAGUUGGGCUACAGCGCCAAGGCAGGUGUUAAAGUUAUAAUAAGACAGUCACUUUUUGGUGGUAAUUAUGCAAUGAUUGAUGAAAAUUUGGAUCCAAAUCCUGACUGGUGGGUAACUUUAAUGUUCAAGCAAUUUGUUUCUAAUAAAGUUUUGAGUUUGAAUACACCAGAUAAUUUUGGUAACAUAAGAUUGUACGCCCAUUGUGCUUUGAAACAAACUUUUCUAAAUGGUCUUCCUGCAGUUACUAUUUAUGGAAUAAACUUAAAUGAUGAAAAAAAAAGAAUGUACAUCCAAGGUAUAUCGAACAAAUCCAAUAUUUUUGCUUACUUCCUUACAUCAGACAAUUUACAAUCGAGCAAUAUUUUCAUGAAUGGAGAAAUAUUGAGGCUCUUAAGCGAUGGAAGUAUACCACCUUUUAAACCAAAAAUUAUAGAAGUAAGUCAAGGUAUUGAGUUACCAUCGUAUUCAAUGGUCUUUCUUUUAAUAGAUAAUGUGAAAAUACCAUCAUGUUUAGAAUUAUAAAAUUAAAAAUGUUUU